AUGUCAUACGCCGUGGAAUCAAAGAAACGGAAAUUCCACCGGGUUUUAGAGUCCAUAUCUAAACCCCUCAAUCUUGACAAUGCGCCCAAACCCUGGACGUCAACGUCAACACCUGCAACCGCAAGCGCGCAAGACCGUCCACUCGUCAACCUCUCCAUCAAGAAGGUCCGUCUGACCAGCAACGACAAUUCAAACCCGAUCACUAUACGAAAUUCUUUAACAAAGCUCUCUGGCUCUAAAUCUCGGACGUCCUCAACAUCUUCGUCGAAACGCCCAACUUUUGUCCCUUGGGACCGCGAUGUCUUCCUCGAGCGACUGGAGACUUUUCGUCGCGUGGACCGAUGGACUUCAAAACCUGCCCCGAUCAAUGAAGUGCAGUGGGCCAAGCGCGGAUGGAUAUGCACUGAUACCAUGCGAGUGAGCUGUGUCAGUGGCUGUGGCGGCUCUGUGGUUGUGAAGUUGCCCGAUGAAAUCGAUGAGCUAGACGGAUACGAUGCGGAGAAGGUACAGGAGCGCAAGGAAGUCCGCACAAGACUGGUGGACGAGUAUGCGAAGCAGCUAAGUAAUGCCCACGCUGAAAACUGUCCGUGGAGGAACAAAGGCUGUGACGACACGGCUAUUGCUAGGCUGCAUGAUCGCUAUAUAAAUGUUUUGAAGAUGGGUGACAAAUUACCCGCUGAAAGUGCCAUUGAAACUCCCCAGGGAUUCGAUAUGGAUGGCCUCAUCAAAACUUUACCUGUGGAGUGGUUCAAAGACACCGAGAAAGCCCCGGAAGCAACAAAUGUACCAACUGAAUCCAACGGAGAGGCCCCUGUUCUACAGCCCUCAGCAGAGCCAACAUCACUCAACCGUGCAGCGCUUGCGUUGGCUCUCUUUGGGUGGGAUUCCGUGGCAGACGGAGCUGCAGGGUUAGUCGGGUGCAAAGCCUGCUUCCGCCGCCUAGGUCUAUGGAUGUACAAGCCAAAGGAGAACGGAGACGUCCCAGUUUAUACAUCAUUAGAUGUGGCUUCAGAGCACAUGGAAUACUGUCCGUGGAUUGACCCGGUGGCACAAAGUGGAUCUGGGAAACCAAAUCAAAGGAUAGAUAGCCUGCGUAGUGGAUGGCAAGUGGUGGCUGAGGCAUGCAAGGUGAAGCAUCGUCGAAGAUUGCGAUCUGUGGCAUCCAUGGAUACGAUUAAUAGCCGACCCAGUACGCCCAUGCAUGACUCGGCUCCCGAUGAGGAAGAUGAGGAGACCCGGAAAACUGCAGACCGCGAGUGGUGGGCCAAGCUCCGACGGGUACGACAAUCCUUGAAAUCCAAACCAGCACCCCGGAACUCUGCUCCCCCGCCUCCGAAAUAA